AUGUUCAAAAGUCUGCUGCCUGACUGGAUUACCGGUGGAGAGCAGCAUGCCGGUGUGGCUGAAGCGGGAGAAAAGGAAACACGAAAGAAUGGCCAUUCAGAUUCACGAAGCAGCAUCGACACAUCGGAAGGGGACUCCACACCAAAAGCUGAAGCAGAGCAUCCGACCAGCGAUGUGCCGACCUUCACACUGAAUGACGAUGAGGGUGCAGAACGGAGGAAAGACUCUUCCGAGGAGCCCACCGCUCCUAUGUUUCCGGCCGCAAACAGCGCCCAGCGGGCUUCAGCAAUGCCACCACCUUCAAGAUCCGCACAAACCACACCUGGCUUGAUGUUACCGCCAGUGAAGCCCGCAUCGGCCCCUACGCCGAGGCAAAGCGCAGCAGUCUCACUCCGUCUGCCCUCAAACGGGCCCUUACCAAAUCGUGGACCACCUGUAGGCAGCCAGCAACGCGUCAGCUCAAGUCUUUCCCCCAAUAACGUGGUAUCCACACCGAAUGCUCGUGGAAAAGUACUGUUAUCGCCUGGACAUUCGCCCAUGGACUGGGCAGCAUUGACACGAAGCGGCAAUUUAGCGGGCGUAGGCACAUUCCAACGUGUCACGCCUAGUCAGUUGAAGACCAUGACCGGGAGGAAAGGGAAACCAGCUUGGAGCAGCUGGCAAGGCAAAGUCUACAACAUCACGCCUUACUUGCCAUUUCAUCCUGGUGGCGAAGCAGAGCUGAUGAAGGCUGCUGGUAGGGAUGGCACUAAACUCUUCAUGGAUGUACACCCGUGGGUCAAUUGGGAGAACAUGCUCGGCUCUUGUCUGGUGGGAGUUAUGGUCCCUGAGGAUCAUGGAUCGGGUGGCGGCUCAUUAGAGGAUAUGGAUUAA